UUCAACGGAAUACAUACUUUAUUUAUUCAACUAGAAAAGCUGCAAUGAGAAUUCAGAUGACAUCAUUGGAAGCGGUUGAUGUAAAUGAAUGUGAAAAGACAGAAUGAUAUAGAGUCUGACUAGAGACUUUAAACCAAAUUCCAGACAGGAACUCCCCAUGUUUCAUUUGUAAAUGUUAUAGUCUUUGAUGAUCAACAGCCGGAAGAAUGGAAGAGAGGCUACUCGAUUCAGAAGCUAAAGAAAUUAGCGAUUUGAGAGGAAGGUUUCUGGAGGAAUCAAAGAAGUUAUGGAAGAUUGCAUUGCCUGCCAUGGUAUCUAGGGUGACGCUAUUUGGCACCUAUGUAAUCACACAAGCAUUUAUUGGGCAUAUUGGAAGACUAGAACUUGCAGCUUAUGCAGUUAUACAGAUCACGGCCAAGGUUGCGCAUGGGAUUUUGCUAGGUAUGACAAGUGCAAUAGACACCCUCGGCGGACAAGCAUUUGGCGCUAAACAGUACCACAUGAUGGGUAUCUACUUGCAAAGAUCACUGAUCAUCAAUGUUGCCGCUGCCACGUUGGUCCUCCCUGCCUUCAUCUUCUCAACACCCAUUUUAAGACUGCUUGGUGAAGAUGAAGACAUAGCUAAAGCUGCUGGGUAUAUCUCUCUAUGGUUCAUUCCGAUUGUGUAUUUUUUGGCAUUUCACAUGAGCAUCCAGAAGUACUUGCAAGCACAGCUCAAGAACGCAAUAAUUGGAUGGGUUUCUACUAUCUCAUUUUUACUUCAUGUGUUAGUGUCAUGGAUCUUAGUCAGCAAACUGAACUUGGGAAUUCCUGGUGCAAUGUGGGCGAUGAUUGCAUCAACAUGGUUGAUUUUAAUUGGAGAGGUUGCGUAUGUUAUAGGAGGUUGGUGUCCUGAUACUUGGAAGGGAUUCACUCUGGCUGCUUUCUCUGAUUUGUUUCCUGUACUAAAGCUAUCAAUAUCAUCAGGGUUGAUGCUUUGCUUGGAGUUAUGGUACAACGCAGUGUUAGUCCUAAUGGCAGGGUACAUGAAAAAUGCCACAACUGAAAUUUCUGCCUUCUCCAUAUGCCUCAAUGUCACAGCUUGGGACUUUAUGCUAUGUGUUGGCUUCUUGGCUGGCAUCAGCGUGCGGGUUGCAAAUGAAUUAGGAAGAGGAAAUGCUGAAGCUGCAAAGUUUUCUAUUAAAGUUACUUUGACCACUUCAAUCUCCAUAGGAUUCUUUCUCUCCGUUCUGUGUUUGGCAUUUGGGCAUCAACUUGCCAACUUGUUCACAACUGAGAAGGAAGUAGCAGAGACAGUUUCAAGCCUCUCAGUCUUGCUUGCUCUCUCAGUCUUGCUAAAUAGCAUUCAGACAAUUUUCUCAGGGAUUGCUGUGGGUGCUGGGAGACAAGGCAUUGUAGCAUAUGUUAAUAUUGGUUGCUAUUAUGUAAUUGGAGUGCCACUAGGAGUUUUUCUAGCAUAUGAGGUUCACCUCCAAGUAAAGGGUAUUUGGAUUGGAAUGAUUAUUGGUGUUGUAAUGCAAUCACUUGUACUCGGAUACAUUACAUGGAGAACUGAUUGGGAUGAACAGGUUCAAAGAGCAUCACAUCGCCUGACCCAAUUGUUCUCAGGAAACUCGAAAGACUAAAUUGAACCGAAACCAUAGUAAAUUACAUAAGCUACUAGUAUUGUAUUAACUACGUGAAAUUGGAUCUGUAUUCAAUUUUAAUGAAUGAAAUCAACCAAAAAAAAGAAAACUUGUGUUUUUAUUUGUAAGUAUGCAUUAUUUUCUUCUUGCUCGAUUC